UCGAGAAAAAAGAAAAUAUUCAGUCGGCUAAAAGAAAAUUUCCCAAUUCGCAGCAAGGGAAACCCUUAGAGCGUGAGGUAGAGCUUGCCCUGUUGAAGCGAGCGAUUCCUUGAUCAGGUUUCGUGAUCUCGUCUUUUAAGGCAGCUGUGGCAUAUCAGGAUAGAGAAGAUAUGGAAGAAGAAAGAAGAGUGCACCCUGACUGUAUAAAUGCGUCUAAUCCUUACCAUGAAUGUGUCGAAUAUUGCUUCAGGAAAAUUGCUGAAGUUAAGGCACGAAUGGAUAAAAUGGAAACAGCUGUGCCAGACAGUUCCAUUGUUAGGCAGUCAGAUUCACGUCUACCUGAUCAGGCUGAAGAGCUUCAUGAUGAAAGGCCAGAUCUUGGAGAUGAUUCUGACAGUGGCAAGGACAAUCAAGAUGAGGGUAAUGUGGAAGGAGAUUUUACCAAACUGACAGGGAGGCAGAAAAAAUUAUUUGAGUUGAGGCUUAAGAUGAAUGAAGCAAGAAAGGCAAAUCAAACAGCAAUGGUGGCUGAGAAGAAAAAGCUGGACCCUCCAACAGAAUCAAGGGGUAUAUCUAAACAAAAAUGGUUUGAGGAGAGGAAGAAAAAGAUUGGCAAACUUCUAGAUGCAAAUGGUUUGGAAAUGUCAGAGGCAUACAUGCUUGAUACACAAGAGGCAGCUGAGGCCAAAUAUAAGAAAUGGGAAAAGGAGCCAGCUCCAUUCGGUUGGGAUGUUUUCAAUCAGAAGACACUGUACAAUGCUUACAAAAAGCGGACAAAGAACGUUGAGGUUGACUUAGAAGAAUAUAACAAAAUGAAAGAAGCUGAUCCAGAGUUCUAUCGUGAAGCUUCAAGUCUCCAAUAUGGGAAGGCACCGAAGAUUUCAGAGGAUAAGAUUGACAGGAUGGUAAAGGAACUCAAGGACCGGGACGAAAAGCGCAAUUCAUUUAGCAGGAGGAGGAAGUUCCAUGACGAGAAGGAUAUUGACUCCAUCAAUGACCGUAACGAGCAUUUCAACAAGAAGAUUGAGCGAGCCUUUGGGAAAUAUACACUGGAGAUUAAAAACAAUCUGGAGCGUGGAACAGCAUUGCCUGACUGAGUAAUGUGCUUGUUCUCUGGCAUCAUGACGUUGCAGUCUAGCUUUAUUGUCUAAUUGAUCAUUAAUGUUUUUCAAUCGAUUGCAAAGCUGAGCUUUGUUGGGUUUUCUGGAUUUUAUCCUUGAAUUUCAUACAAUGAAAUCUUUUAUGAAGGUUGCCUUCAUCAGAAGCUGUUUGAGCUAUGUUGAAUUAUUAUGUACAUUGUGUUAUCAUGAAAAUGACUUGGUUGAGUAGUCUCUGAAUA